AUGGCUGCUGCAAACAGCUAUACAUGGAUAGGUCUACACAGGGUUGGCUGGCAGUGGUCUGAUGGUAGUAACUUCUCUUCCAUCUUUAAUCUCAGUGAAACGCCCACAGCCUCUGCCUCAAAGUGUGUUGUGUUGAACCAAACUGAGUGGGAAGCUCUGGACUGCUCUGUGAGGAGACCCUUUGUUUGCUAUGGUGAGGUCAAGAAGACUGUCCAGUUUCAGAGGAUCCGGUUUCAGUCUGACGUGAAUGUAAAUGAUGCUGCAGUUCAAGAGGCCAUAUUAGACCAGAUCAAGAAGAAGCUGCAAGAGCAUGGGCUUCCAGCAGACGCCAAACUGAGCUGGAGAAAGCAGCCCGAUGGACAGAUUGAUACACUGAUACACGCCUCUCGUCAGUACCACUAUGUAGCUGACCCCAAGAAAUGGACUGAAGCCCAGACCUACUGCAGAGAGAAGCACAUUGACCUGGCCACCAUCAGUGACAGCGAGGAGCUGCAGAGCUUCUUGCACUGGUCCCAAAGCAUCAGUGUUAGCGCCUGGAUAGGACUCUACCACCUCUACCACUCUUCCAGUACGACUCCUGAGACAUAUAAUGCAAUUGUUGGUGGUCAAUCGCAAAACCACAACCAGACACAUAGUCACCCUUUUAUCUGCUAUGAUGAGAGGCUAAAUACAACCCAUGGUUUCAUUUCAAUUUCACCAACGAAAACAUGGAUAGAGGCCCAGAGCUACUGCAGAGAGAAGCACACUGACUUGGCCACUGUGAAGAAUGCAGUGGAGGACGAGGAGAUAAAGAAGAUGGCUGCUGCAAACAGCUAUACAUGGAUAGGUCUACACAGGGUUGGCUGGCAGUGGUCUGAUGGUAGUAACUUCUCUUCCAUCUUUAAUCUCAGUGAAACGCCCACAGCCUCUGCCUCAAAGUGUGUUGUGUUGAACCAAACUGAGUGGGAAGCUCUGGACUGCUCUGUGAGGAGACCCUUUGUUUGCUAUGGUGAGGUCAAGAAGACUGUCCAGUUUCAGAGGAUCCGGUUUCAGUCUGACGUGAAUGUAAAUGAUGCUGCAGUUCAAGAGGCCAUAUUAGACCAGAUCAAGAAGAAGCUGCAAGAGCAUGGGCUUCCAGCAGACGCCAAACUGAGCUGGAGAAAGCAGCCCGAUGGACAGAUUGAUACACUGAUACACGCCUCUCGUCAGUACCACUAUGUAGCUGACCCCAAGAAAUGGACUGAAGCCCAGACCUACUGCAGAGAGAAGCACAUUGACCUGGCCACCAUCAGUGACAGCGAGGAGCUGCAGAGCUUCUUGCACUGGUCCCAAAGCAUCAGUGUUAGCGCCUGGAUAGGACUCUACCACCUCUACCACUCUUCCAGUACGAUUCCUGAGACAUAUAAUGCAAUUGUUGGUGGUCAAUCGCAAAACCACGACCAGACACAUAGUCACCCUUUUAUCUGCUAUGAUGAGAGGCUAAAUACAACCCAUGGUUUCAUUUCAAUUUCACCAACGAAAACAUGGAUAGAGGCCCAGAGCUACUGCAGAGAGAAGCACACUGACUUGGCCACUGUGAAGAAUGCAGUGGAGGACGAGGAGAUAAAGAAGAUGGCUGCUGCAAACAGCUAUACAUGGAUAGGUCUACACAGGGUUGGCUGGCAGUGGUCUGAUGGUAGUAACUUCUCUUCCAUCUUUAAUCUCAGUGAAACGCCCACAGCCUCUGCCUCAAAGUGUGUUGUGUUGAACCAAACUGAGUGGGAAGCUCUGGACUGCUCUGUGAGGAGACCCUUUGUUUGCUAUGGUGGUGAGAAAGACACCAUGUCAUAUCCAACAAGCCAUCCCUUACCAAAACAUUUCCUUGCUAAAAUCAAGAAGAAGCUGCAAGAGCAUGGGCUUCCAGCAGACGCCAAACUGAGCUGGAGAAAGCAGCCCGAUGGACAGAUUGAUACACUGAUACACGCCUCUCGUCACAUCAGUGUUAAGCCCUGGAUAGGACUCUACCACCUCUACCACUCUUCCAGUACGACUCCUGAGACAUAUAAUGCAAUUGUUGGUGGUCAAUCGCAAAACCACAACCAGACACAUAGUCACCCUUUUAUCUGCUAUGAUGAGAGGCUAAAUACAACCCAUGGUUUCAUUUCAAUUUCACCAACGAAAACAUGGAUAGAGGCCCAGAGCUACUGCAGAGAGAAGCACACUGACUUGGCCACUGUGAAGAAUGCAGUGGAGGACGAGGAGAUAAAGAAGAUGGCUGCUGCAAACAGCUAUACAUGGAUAGGUCUACACAGGGUUGGCUGGCAGUGGUCUGAUGGUAGUAACUUCUCUUCCAUCUUUAAUCUCAGUGAAACGCCCACAGCCUCUGCCUCAAAGUGUGUUGUGUUGAACCAAACUGAGUGGGAAGCUCUGGACUGCUCUGUGAGGAGACCCUUUGUUUGCUAUGGUGAGGUCAAGAAGACUGUCCAGUUUCAGAGGAUCCGGUUUCAGUCUGACGUGAAUGUAAAUGAUGCUGCAGUUCAAGAGGCCAUAUUAGACCAGAUCAAGAAGAAGCUGCAAGAGCAUGGGCUUCCAGCAGACGCCAAACUGAGCUGGAGAAAGCAGCCCGAUGGACAGAUUUUCCACAAGAAGAAGAAUGAGAAGAGUGAUAAUCAGAAGAGGAAGAGCAAAAAAUGAGCUUUGAAAAGUUCAGUUAGUCUCACAAAGCAGGAAAUUAAAGUAGUGUGUGGACCUAUCAAUAGUUUGUCUGCAGCAUCAAUAGUGUGCAUUCAUCAUCCCUCUUUUACUGUAACCCUAGUGAUACAUAUUUGUAUGGCAUUAUCAGAUUUCUCGGUUUACAUUGUUCAAGAGAUGAAGAGAUACAAUAUAUAUAUUAAUUUACUUACAUGUUAUGUAGCCUAUGUAUUUUCAACUCAAAAGGUGUCUUUUCUUUUUCAAGUAUAACUUCUAAUGUGUUACAAAAUGAGCAUUUUUGUUAAGUAUUUUCCAUUUAAACAAGCAUUAUACAAGAUAGCAAUGUAUCAAGACACUACAUCAAUAUAAAACAUGCCUGAGCUGAUUGUUUCUAUUUCUGCUUCUACUGAAUAUGUCACUAUUUAUCCUUCCUAUCUUUCAGGGUUAUAUACAGAUUGCAUUUUAUAUGCAGUAGUGUAAAGUAUAACUAGUGUGGUAAUAGUAUAACUAGUAUGGUAAUAAUAGUGUGAUUAUGGUGAGAAUAGUGUAAACAAUGAUUUUAUUAUAUUAUUAUUUUGUUUAAUGUCAAUUUAUUUAAUUAAGUCUUCAUCCAUUCCUCUGUUAAUGUAAUGGGGAAUGAUUAACGUAUUAGGAUUUUAGUUCCCCAUACAUUUGAGAGUGGGGUGUUUUGGUUCGGGGGGAAUGGUUUCCGCACCGGAUGGUUUUAGUAGGGAGUGAAGCUAGGGAGAAGUGAACGCGCGUUGCUGGUUGUCUGUCUAAGUUGGUUGUGUGAAUAAAAGAAGUUAUAACCGAAGUGUAACCUGUCUUCGUCUUGCCCACGCCUGAGAGACUGGAGAGUGUGAACUCCGCAAACCCACGAAUUAUCAGGUUACAAUAGCACAACACCAUAAUCACGUUGAAGAAGGGCGUCUUGCCCAAAAUGUUCCUCAGGGCGAUUAAAAAAGUGAGUGCUAUCUUUUACUUCUCA